AAGAAAACCCAUCAUUCAUCAUCAUUUUAAAAGUUCCACUGUUAAAAAAAAAAUCCAUAGUUUCAGAGUUAAAAGAGAGAGAGAGAGAGAGAGAGAGAGAGAGAGAGAGAGAGAGGAAGAGAAAUAGCUAAGGCACUUCUUCGCAUAAAACCAACGUGGAAAAAACUGCCAUUUGUAGCCAACGACAGCAGAUAGGAGAGUAGUAACAGUAGCAGUAGCAGUAGUGGUGGUUUUAUCAAAUCCACUAAUUUCCAUGCACACACACUCCCUUUUAAGAUCACCCAACCAACCUCCUCAAUCCCACGAGCUUUCUUUAUUUCUUUCACUCUCCCUCUCUCUCUUCACUUUCACUGUCCUCUCUGCAAAUUCAUGGCGAUUUUUCAGGUCUGAUGAUGGAAUGACUGAUAUAGUGGGGUUGAAAGGGACCAAAAAGUGAAGUAAAAGAUAAAAAGAGGUGGAAAAGAGAGUAAUAGUGUCUCCGGUAUUUCCCAUUCACCGUUUAACCAGUCUUUUUUUUUUUCCCCUUCUUUCCUUUUGUUUUUGGUUUCAUGCAUUGGGUUCUUUAAAUUGUGUGUUUCUUGGGUUCCUCAACUGGGUGUUUUGUCUGCUUCUUAAGCUUCGAAUUUGAUGAGCUUCUCUUUGAUGAUGAUUAUAAAUCAUCUACUCUUGUGCUAUUUAUUUUUGUAAUUUAUGCAUUACAAAAGCCUUAAUUAGUUAGAGAUUGAAAAAGAGGAAAAGCCCAAAAAAAGAAAAGAAAAAAAAGAGAGAAAGAAAAGGGGUAAAACAAAAAUACAAAACCUUUGUUCUGCUACUACUGCUGUUGGGUGUCUGGUGCAUGCACGUCUGGUCUCUUGAUCAUGACUCGUGAGGGCCUUCUUGCAUGUCUGGCUCUGUAAGCUCAGUGAUUCUUGCUCAUGAGGUUUUGAGGAAGAAAAAAAAAAGGAGAGCGAGAAAAUCGGGGAAAAAGUGUCUUCUUUGGUUUUUCUUUUCCUUUUUCGUUUGGAGUUUUUGGUUUGUGUCUGUGCUUUAAAGAAAUGCAUUUCAUAAAGCCAUAGCACAAAGAGAGACGCAGAGACAGAUGUGCAUGGAUUUUGUUCCGAGUUAAAUAAAGAUUGUAGCUUUGACUAUACUAGCUAGCAUCACUCUUUGGCCUCUCUUCCCAUAGUUUAAACACUUCCAACCAAAUCACGAGUUCUCGAAUUUCUUCCUGUUUUGAUUUUGGAGCUUGAAGUCUGUGUUGAUCUUAAAAGUCUUGGAAUCAAUGGCUAUUUCUGGGUAAAAACACAAUCUUCUCCUGGAUUCAGGCUCUGUUCGCGGUGGGGAGAUAGGAAUAUAUUUUAAGUGAUGAUAAGAAAGAGAUCAAGAGUAUCAAGCAGUAAGCAAGUUCUAAUGGCAGAUUACAGCUCAAUUUUGUCUCCAACAGAAAAAUAUAGAAAACCCACUUCUUUUCCAAGAUUGUUUACAGGUUUCAGUUUCAAGAAUUUCUCUGAAACAACGGAGUCGGUCAUGAGUCCAACUUCAAUUCUUGAUAGCAAACCCUUUUCUGGUUUCAGAAAUCCUUUCUUGCCAGACCAAAACCUCACCCCUAAAACCCAAGAAUCUGAUACUAAGCGCACCUGGGACAAGCUUGACUCAAAAGGCAUUGGUCUUGCCAUUGUUGAUGCUCUUAAUUAUGAUGAUAAAACGGAUUCCAAUUUAUCAAAACCCGAGAGCAGAAUGGUUCUUUUCGGGUCACAGCUAAAGAUCCAAGUUCCUCCUUUGCCCGUUUCACCAACAGAUCAAUCUCCCAAAUCUCCUGCUGAUUUUGGCAUCAAAACAAGGCAUUCUCAGUUGGGUUCAUCCUCUUCUGGGCUAUCUCAUUCUCCUGUUAAGAAAUCAGUAUGUGGUUCAGCCAAUUCGAGUAUAGAUACUUCGAGUUCUCCUGGGGUUUUCAAUGGAUCCCUCUCUGCGAUUGAGAUGGAGCAAUCUGAGGAUUACACUUGUGUAAUCUCAUAUGGGCCUAAUCCAAAAACUACUCACAUAUUUGAUGAUUACAUUGUUGAGAGCUGUUGUGAUGUUGUUGAGUUUUCUACUUCAAGGACACAGACUAAUGGGUUUCUGGGUGAUGGUUCAAGUUAUCCAUCAGAUAAUUUCUUAAGCUUCUGUUAUGCUUGCAAGAAGAAUCUUGGGCAGGGAAAAGACAUAUACAUGUACAGAGGUGAAAAAGCAUUUUGCAGCAGUGAAUGCCGGUACCAGGAAAUGCUAUCAGAGGAGAGAAUAGAUAAGCUGGACCAUGAAGAUGGCUAUGGGACUUGUUCACAAUAGUUUUCACAGAAUCUCUAUUAGUUCCUCGUUACUUUUGCCUCAAAAUGGCCAACCAAGCACCCAAAAGACCAAACUCUUUCCUUCAGGAUGACAGCUUUGUAGUUAUUAUAUUACAAGUAAAAUUCAAGACAGAUGAUUGUCGAGCAUAAUUAAAGAUAGUUUCUUGAACGCCUGCCCUUUCUUGAAAAUGUUAUUACUCUUUCUAUAAAGAAAUUUCUUUUUUCUCUA